GAGGGAGGGAAGACGUUUCCUGCUGAGGGGGGAAGAAGGAUAGAGGAAGAACAUAUAGAUCAGGAGCGAAAGAAAGAGGACAGACGGUGAAGAGGAGUGAGGGGGAGAGAUUAGAAAGGAGGGGGGACAGACCUGAGACGAAGAAGAGAGAGGAAAGGGUGGAGAGACGGUUCUUGGUGAGGGGUGAGGAAAGGAGUUGGAGAAGGGAGGAGGGAGGCAGAGGUACAAGGAGAGAGAGGAUACAUUGCUUGCUAAGGGGUGGAUGAGAGAGAAGGUGGGAAAGGGUGACAGGGAAGGAAAAGAGGAGGAUUUGUUACAGUCAGAGAGUGUGCCGGUCCCUAUGGAGGAAUAGUAAGAUCAUUUAGGGGUAACAGUGACAGUAAGGAGGGGUAAACAAAAGGGUUAUCUCAGUAGGGAUACAUAGAGCCAACAGGAGGAUGCAUUUUGCCUUUGGGAUUAUACAUGGGGCAGGGCUGCUGCUUUUCAUCACCCAGGCUUCUCUGGGAGAGCGGUGGCGCCAUGAGUUUGAGGAUGAGCAACCGAUUGAUCUUGAAAGUUCGGGUGAUGAUUACUUCCUUGAAGAUGAUGAGAUAGAUGAUGGGUCCUCUGCAUCUGGAUCCGGUUAUUUUGAACAAGAAACUGGCUUGGAUUUGGAAGUCAGAUUUACCACAGAAACUCCAAUUGCACCUCCUACAGCUACAGCACUGAAGCCUGCACCCACAGUCCACACGCCUCCCCCCACACGGAGCACUUGGUAUCCACCAAUGGCCCAGUCAACAGUAGUACACCUAAACCACCCAUGGAUGCUUCCAGAUGCUACAGAAACCCCCUUUAUAUCUGCUUCUCCUGAAUCCCUUAUACCUACCAAAGAGGCAGUAACCACUGCAGCUGCAACACCAGAAACGGCUAGAACAACAGAAGUGCGUAGGCUGCAGCCUGUCAUAGUGGUUGCAACACCCACACCAAGAUCCACUGAAGAAGAAAUAGUGACUGUGGAGGCUACAGAUGGGCAAUUUGUAUCUAUUGCUAGCCAGGCUAGUGGCAAGGUCUGGCCUACAGAGGAUGAAGGAAUGCUUACUACAUCAUCUGUAGAUAAGAGCAAAAGUGAAGAUGAUAAAAUGUUACCCACUCAGCAGACACAGACAGACAAUUGGCAAGUGACAGCAUUCACUGCUCAUGACAGUGAUUUUGAGAUCCCAGUCAGUGGUGGACCAAGUGGAGACUUUGAAAUUCCAGAAGAAGAUGGUGGGUCCCAGACAGAGCCCCCUACAAUAUUAGAUAUAGGUAAUGAAGUAUUGCCACCUGGUACGUCUCCCUCUGACCCUGGAAGAGGAAGGAAGCCAGAUUCUGGUCUUAUUGACAACACAAUUGAUUCUGGCAACACAUUGGCUCAAAUGCCUCAAAAAAAUAUUCUGGAGAGGAGAGAAGUAUUAAUAGCGGUGAUUGUAGGUGGUGUGGUCGGAGCUUUGUUUGCUGCAUUCCUAGUAAUGCUGCUUAUUUAUCGGAUGAAGAAGAAAGAUGAAGGAAGCUAUGCACUGGAAGAGCCCAAACCAGCCAGUGUUUCCUACCAGAAACCGGACAAUCAUGAAGAAUUUUAUGCAUAAUGGGGGAUGUAUCUGGUCACCUUUUACCCAUUACCAGUCCUUAUGCCUAGUGAGCCUGGGCUAGCUUUUCCCUGCUUAAAUCAAUUUCAAGAAAUAGGUUCAACAAAGGUUCCUAAAUAUGGAUUCUUUUUUUUCUUUCUUUUUUACAAUACCAUCCAUGAAGGGUGGUCCAGUCAAUACAGCCUUUCUUCAGUUCUUCAGAUUCUUCUGUGAGAUUUGUACCCAAAUGGCUUCUUUCUGUAUUCAUACUAUGUUUAAAUGGCCAGCUCUGCAACAUAUUAAACACCAAA